GCGGACCGGGCACUGGGCUGGGGGGCGGGGUGGGGCGGGAAGCCGGGCGGUUGGGAGUGUUUUCAGUUCCGCCUCCAAUCGACCAUUCCCCUCUUCCCCUCCCAGCUCCCUCCAUCCCAUUCGGAAGAGGAAAGAACAAAAGGUCCCGGACCCCCGGAUCUGACGGGGCGGGACCUGGAGCCCCCGUCCAGGUUAUAUAGAGGAGGACGUUUUCUUAGUGUGGAUUGCUGCCUUUGGUGAGAACAUGUCGUCCAUCUUGCCAUUCACUCCACCAGUUGUGAAGAGACUGCUGGGAUGGAAGAAAUCGGCUGGUGGAUCUGGAGGAGCAGGCGGAGGAGAGCAGAACGGACAGGAAGAAAAGUGGUGUGAGAAGGCAGUUAAAAGUCUGGUGAAGAAGCUAAAGAAAACAGGACGAUUAGAUGAGCUUGAGAAAGCCAUCACCACUCAAAAUUGUAAUACUAAAUGUGUUACCAUACCAAGCACUUGCUCUGAAAUUUGGGGACUGAGUACACCAAAUACGAUAGAUCAGUGGGAUACAACAGGCCUUUACAGCUUCUCUGAACAAACCAGGUCUCUUGAUGGUCGUCUUCAGGUAUCUCAUCGAAAAGGAUUGCCACAUGUUAUAUAUUGCCGAUUAUGGCGCUGGCCAGAUCUUCACAGUCAUCAUGAACUCAAAGCAAUUGAAAACUGCGAAUAUGCUUUUAAUCUUAAAAAGGAUGAAGUAUGUGUAAACCCUUACCACUAUCAGAGAGUUGAGACACCAGUUUUGCCUCCAGUAUUAGUGCCACGGCACACUGAGAUCUUAACAGAACUGCCGCCUCUGGAUGAUUAUACUCACUCCAUUCCAGAAAACACUAAUUUCCCAGCGGGAAUUGAGCCACAGAGUAAUUACAUCCCAGAAACACCACCUCCUGGAUAUAUCAGUGAAGAUGGGGAAACAAGUGAUCAACAGUUGAACCAAAGUAUGGACACAGGAUCUCCAGCGGAACUGUCUCCUACUACUCUUUCCCCUGUUAAUCAUAGCUUGGAUUUGCAGCCAGUUACUUACUCAGAACCUGCAUUUUGGUGUUCAAUAGCAUAUUACGAAUUAAACCAGAGGGUUGGAGAGACCUUCCAUGCCUCACAGCCCUCACUCACUGUAGAUGGCUUUACAGACCCAUCCAAUUCAGAAAGAUUCUGCUUAGGUUUACUCUCCAAUGUUAACCGAAAUGCUACAGUAGAAAUGACAAGAAGGCAUAUAGGAAGAGGCGUGCGCCUGUAUUACAUAGGUGGGGAAGUUUUUGCUGAGUGCCUCAGUGAUAGUGCAAUCUUCGUGCAGAGCCCCAAUUGUAAUCAGAGAUACGGCUGGCACCCUGCAACAGUCUGUAAAAUUCCACCAGGCUGUAAUCUGAAGAUCUUCAACAACCAGGAAUUUGCUGCUCUUCUGGCUCAGUCUGUUAAUCAGGGUUUUGAAGCCGUGUACCAGCUAACUAGAAUGUGCACCAUAAGAAUGAGUUUUGUGAAAGGAUGGGGAGCAGAAUACCGAAGGCAGACAGUAACAAGUACUCCUUGCUGGAUUGAACUUCAUCUGAAUGGACCUCUACAAUGGUUGGACAAAGUAUUAACUCAGAUGGGAUCCCCUUCAGUGCGUUGCUCAAGCAUGUCAUAAAGCUUCAUCACCAAUCAAGUCCCAUCAAAAGACUUAAUGUAACAACUCUUCUGUCAUAGUAUUUGUGUAUGGUCCCCAUGGACUGUUUACUAUCCAAAAAUUCAAGAGAGAAAACAGCACUUGAGAUCUCAUCAAUUAAAGCACCUUGUGGAAUCUGUUUCCUAUAUUCGAAUAUUAGAUGGGAAAAUUAGUGUCUAGAAAUAUCCUCCCAUAAAGGAGGAGGAGAAGAUUUUAAAGACUUCAUGAUGUCUUCUUGGGCAUAAAACUGAGUGUCCCAAAGGUUUAUUAAUAACAGUAGUAGUUAUGUGUACAGGGAAUGUAUCAUGAUCCAGUAUCACAGUAUUGUGCUGUUUAUAUACAUUUUUAGUUUGCAUAAACUAGGUGUGUGUGUGCUGCUUCUUGUUUUAGGCAAGCCUUUAUAAUGUUACAGUACCUAAUCUGUUACUCCCACUUCUCCGUUAUUUUUGUGUCUUUUUUAAUAUAUAAUAUAUAUCAAGAUUUUCAAAUUAUCAUUUAGAAGCAGACUUUCCUUGUAGAAAAACUAAAUUUCCUGCCUUUUACCAAAAAUAAACUAGUGGGGGAAGAAAAGUAGAUUAACUUUUGAAAUCCUUGACCUUAAUGUGUUCACUGGGGCUUAAACAUUCAUUCUUUUUGCAUUUGUUUAUUUACCGCUAAAUCUCAUUAUGGAAACCAUACCGAAAAUCUUUCCAAACCUCUUCUCCAUUCCCACUUUUGUCCUGAUACCAAAACAGCGUAGCAUGACAUCCAUGGACAGUAACGGUCGCACUGGUGGUGCCCGUACAAGUUGAUUCUGGGGCACAGUAGGAAUUCAUACGGAGUAAUUCCCCUUCUCCUACAACCAAAUUUUAACAGAUAACAAUUGACUUGUGUAAACCUUAGCAAUCUAUUGACUUAUUCUUACACCUCAUUAAAAAAUGCACAGGUGGCAGUAUAAUUAUUUUCAGGGAUAUGCCCGAUUAUUUCAGCAUAUGUAUCCUUUUUUUAAGAAGGCCCAUCGAUAAAGUUUUUUAGAAGGUAUUUUAAAGUAUUUCAGCGGCAGACCUUGUGCUCUUUGAUAUGAGUAGUUUCAUUUGAUUUAGCUACCCGGUUGUAUUACGAAGUGGACCUUUUGUAAAUGUAAUUGCUUCUGCAAAAUACCUAGAAAAGUAAUGCUGAGGUAUGAUCAGAUAAGGGCCAUCUGUUUUUAAAAUACGUUGUAUUCAAUUUAUAAAACCUAUGUUAUUUUACAUAAUUAUGAACUUAGAAUUAAAAAGUUGGGGGAGAAGCCAUUUAACAAGUUUUUCAGCUUAUAAUUAUCUGCAGUCUGAUCUGGUCUUAAACCAGUUCAUAACUGUGUAUGUGGCUGACUAUUAUUACCGACUGUGUUUUAUACUCUGCAGCGAGAGGAGAUUCCAGAAACUGUUGGUAGUCCAUUGUGCAGCAGAUAAUCCUUAUGUCUAAUGUUAACCCACUGCGAUUUACACUUUUUGUUGUUGUUGUUGCUGUUGUUUUCAUCUCAGUAGAAAUGGAAAAUAACCACUCCUGAUCCCCUUUUUAGUAAAUUUUCAUAUUUUGAAGAUAGAUAUCUUUGGUACUUGUUCUUUGAAACCAUACUCAACUUGUCUAUACAGUUGUCAUUUUCAAUAUUUUGAGCAUUUGGUUGUUUUCUAUUGGAUACUGCCCAUUUUCUUGUAUUUGUAUGUGUAUGUAUUUGUUCAUAUAAAUUUAACAUAGUGAUUUUUUAUUCAUUCAAAAAAAAUAUUUAUUGUUAUGUGCCAGGAACUUUCUUAGCCUUUGGGAAAAGGUGAACAAGACAGUAGUGGCCCCUGCCUUUGCUGAGACAGCAGUUAUGAUAACCCUCAAUCGUCUUAUUUGUCUGUGAAGGAAGCAUAACAGAGGGUAUCCUUCAGAUACGCAUGUCAGAGAAGGCCUCUCAGAGGAAGUGAUACUUGAGCUAACACCUGACAGAUGAGAAGGAGCAAGCUGUGUGAAGAGCCAGGAGAGAGAGGUCUUCCUGGCAAAGAGAACAGCAUCAAAUGCAAAGGCUCGUUUUAAGGGAAACCCACUUGUUAGGUAUUAAUGCUUUAUACAGAAACUUCUACACAGAUCCAACUUUGAGGAUCAGAAUGGUUGUGUCAUUUAUAAUAUGUUGAAGGUGGCCUUAUUUUGUGAUAGUACUGCUUCAUAUGUCGUUCUCAGUAAUUUUUCUUCUUUCCCAAACCCUUGCUGGGAAAAUUUGUCAUCUGCAUCAGGUCAAUACCACUUAAUUUAUCAACCGCUUCUUUAAAUCUUCCUUGGGCAGGUGUUCACCAUUGUAGUGACUGGCUGCUUGCUGCCAGACUUCUGCUGCCAUCAGCGCAUAACUACUUCUACUGCCAAUCUUGUGCUUAGAGUAAGAGUCCCAGGCACUACCACCAUCACGCCUGCUGGAGGUACCCAGUGGAGCCUCUGCCUCUUCUCUGGAAGUUUUUACUUACUUGAGAACUUCUAGUGAUGUUAGGGAACAGUUCUGGGAGCAGGGAACAACUGUGAAAGUGGUACAAGGUCAUGGCAGUUAUUCUCACAUUGAUUACACUAAGUGAAGCAGUGCCGACUAGGACAUUUCAGUGUAGAGCACAUCUCUACAGUUCUGGUUUGAUCUUUCUGUAUAAUAUGAAAGUGGGACUCAACUCUUUGGAAACACUUGUGGACAGUUGACUUCAUGGUGGUGAUGACAUUUGUGUGAAUGUGUUUAUUUGCUUUUUAAUGAGAUUGCUGUUUUUGCGUUCUAUCUUGUCUACCAUGGCCUAAUUUUUGUUGAUUUUCUCCCCCCACUUUAUGGGGUUGUUUUCGUUCUUCUGAGUGAUAGGGUCUCCUCUCUGUUGAACUUUGUCAUUAUUUAAACUAGCAACAUUAUUUAGAAUUUAUUCUCCACAGUACUGGUAAUUUUCUCAAUUUUAUGACAUGAGAACUGAAUGACCAUGCUUUCUAUCACAUUUCUAGUAUCAGUGGUUUUCAAAGUGGGUUUCGUAGAGAUGUCUUACUUAGAAACGGUGUAGUGGGUUGGAGACUGGUGUUCCCAUAGACUUUGGUCUGACCAGUGACAUCCUUAUUUUAAUUCUGUAUUGGAGUUCCAAGUAAGAUUUCGUUUGAAAAAAGAAUUCCAUUGCUUUUUUUUAAAGAAGUUUGAAAAGUCUUUAAAUUGGUUAAAAUUAGGAAAUAUAACUGGAUUUAGACCAACUCUUUGGAAUACCACUGAUUGUGCUAUUAUCCUACUUUAAAGAAGUUUCCCUGAUUAGGUUUUAACUACACCAGUAAGACAUUUCACCGAAUUGCACGUUACGAUAUACAUUCAGUCAAUAAACAUUUACUGAUGCCUGUUCUUUACGCAGCCACUGUGAUAGAUGUUAGUAAUAAAAAGAUGAAUAGGAUGUCGUUCUUAUCCUCCAGCUGUGUUUAAUUUAGUGAGGGGAACUUUUAUCUCUCAGGACCUAUUGCUUUGCCAGAAGGAAAUCGGCCUAAUUUUUCUUGAAAGCUGAAUGUGCUUAUUCUGUACUCUUAUUCUAUAUUCCAAAUAUAUAUUUGCAAAUUGUUUAAUAUUUAGUUGUUGUUUUUUAAAACCUUAAACCGUAUCCAGUUUUGCUCCAUUCAUCUGUCUUUUUUAAACAUUGCCAGAUUUUUCUCCUUUGUUAAAAUUAUUUUAAAUUCACUGUAUUUGUGCCUUUAUUGUCAUUUUCAUCAAGGCUAAGACUUUGAAGGUGAAAAACAAACAGCCACCGUCUUGCUAGUUAAAAUCAAAUAAAAGAACAUAUAUACCCAAUUGGUUUCUCUACCUCCGCCAAAAGCUAUCCCAGUAUAUCUUUAAGAUCUUUCUAUAGCUAAAUACUUGGAGGAUUUAUCAGUAUUAGGGACCUUCCUGAUUGGAGGAUAAGGGUGAGUUGAUGAUGAGAUACAAAGUAACACGAGACAACCUUCACCAUACUUAAAAUCUGCCUUUAGGUAGUCUAACUAAGCAACCUGUGGACAUGAGCAAAGAAUGAUCUUUUCUUACUCUGACUUAACACAUCGGUGUUCAGACAUACCAAACUCAUUGCCCAUUCUCUUUUUUUAUGUGCUUUACCUUGCUCAAUUCUUUAUAUUCAUCAACUAAAUUUUAUUCUUCCCCCACUUCUGACAACAAGUAUUCUAAUGGCACUUGCUGGUCGCCUUCUCCCCUACCAGCCAUGUAUUCUCCGCACACCUCAGAAUGUUUCUCUCCUUUGACUUUUACUAAUGACUAAAAGGAGGGUGCUCUUCAGGCUGAUUUCUUCACCAUGAAUGUUGAUGCUGUUCAGAAAUGUCUCUGUUACUGGCAAAUAGCACUAAUCAUCAGAUUCUAUUUUAAAUUAUGGUUAGGAUCAUGAACUGUUCUGGCUGCAGCCAAUGAUUUCCCUAUACCACUAGCUCUAUUUCUGUCUUGGGGCACAUUGGAUUGUUGUAUUUCGUGCAGUCAAGAGUAAUGAUGGCAGUAUGUGAGUCUCCAGAGGUAGUCAACUACCUGCUGUUGAGUUUCUUAUGUAUCUUCCUUUUCAAGUUUCCAUGGCUAUCUUGUUUGUUGUUUGUUUGGGGGAAUGAAGGGCAACCUAUCUCUUGGAAUGGAAUUCCUUUGUUACAAGCAUCUCAACGAGGAAGCGUGAGCCAUGCUGUAUAUGUACUGUAGCCUCAUGAUAGCCUUGAUAUUAACUUGUCUAGUGUGUUCUCAUAAUUUCUUGAGUAGGAACUGUUUUAUCUUGGAUAGUAUAGCUAAUUUUAAAUAUAGCAGAACUGCCUCAAAUGUUUUUAGUAGGAAAUAAAUUAUAUAAUGUGUAUAUGAAUUUACAUAUUCAUAUACACUCACAGAAGAGCUAACAGUAGGGAUCAUUUUAGCAAUAUUGAAUCAUUCAGUUGUUUAAAUCUUCGACCUCAGUAAAAAGUUCUUUUGCUUGCAGACAUUUUUCCUUUCAUGGAUAGACUAUCAGAAUAAUUUUGUUUUUUCAUUCUGUCAGAGUCCUAAUUUGGCAGUUCAGUUAUUAAUAUGCCAUUUUUAGGCAAGUUGACAACUAAGCAUAACCUGAAUUUUGUUAACAUCAGAUAAAACUCUGCCAUAUACCCCUCCACUAAAUUAUACAUCCAGUUGUCCCUAACCUGUUUCUGGCGGGUUGAUUCAACUCAGCAACCCUAAAGGACAGAGUAGAACUGCCUCCAUAGGGUUUCCAAGGACGAGCUGCUGGAUUCGAACUGCUGACUUUUUGGUUCGCAGCUGAGCUCUUAAGCAGUGUACCACCAGGGCUCCAUCCAGUGGUUCCUGGAAGGUACUAGUUUAGGAUUAACUACUUUAGGGGUGAGGGGGUUAAUAUUAGAUUGCUCCUCCCUUUUUUUUCCACUCUGGUGUAAGAUUACUAUCUAGGAAUAUACUGUCAAGUCAAGUUCUGUAUUUAAGUAUUAUCUGAAGGUGGUUCGGACCUGACCUGCUUAGCUGUGGUCAACAGAAAGGGAUGUUCCAAGGUUCUCUGGGCCAUCCCUAACCCACAGGGAUCUGACCAGAGAACAUCAGCCUAAGUUAACUUGGUGUCAGUUGGUUUGCUUCCUUGAGAUCCGUAAUGGAUUAAAAAUUUCACCAUUGCUUGAGAUGUAAAGGCCCCUUGGAAGAAUAAUGCUCCUGCAGAUGAGGGUGAGAAGGGUUCAUUGACUCUACACAAAGGACUUUUAGAUUUUUCUCCAGUAUUUCAAUAAAAGUAACACUCACCCACCCCCCACCCCCCAGCCCCCAAAAAAAACUCAAGUUUUUUACAAGUUUUCAGUUUGUUGUUUUGGGUGAGGAUGGAGACAUACUUCCAAUUUUUAGUUCGCAAAGAUGGUAAUUAAUUGAACAAACAAAUCCAUCAUAUAUUGAUUUAAAGACAGAAGUCAAGUUUUAGAAUUAUAAAAAUAAAUUAUAUAUUUUCUAAUUCACACCCAGCUCUUCUCCUUUCUCCUUGUGGCUUCAAAGUUGUUGGCUGUUUUACAAUGUUAGUCACUAGGUAAUGUGCCAUACUUCUAGUUCUAUAUUAAGCUCUACCCUUCACAAUGCUAUAGUGUAAAGUUGGUUCUCAGCAUUUGUCUGUAGGAGCAGAAGCCUUGGUCAAGUCUCUGUUCUUUCUCCCAAAGAGCUUUUCCCAGUAAGUCAGUAAUACCUGUUUGCUUACUCUCAUUGUUCACAUUCUUGGGUUGCUCAAACUAAAAAAAAAAUUGAGGUGAGAAAGAAUAAGGUCCUUUCUGGUAAAUAUAUGUACCUACUUUAAGAAUGUACUCAUUUGUUUAUGUACCUCGUAUACACAGAUUAAAUUGGGAGAAAUAAUUACCACAUGUUUAGCAAGUAGGUAACGUGCAUGAAUUUUGUUUUAACCCUAUGUGUUGGCAAAAUGCAAAACCUAAAUUGAUCAUUUCUUAGACCAACUUUACCUCAGGCUUUAUUUUGGUUUUUUUGACCCUAACCUUUCAGGCAUAAAUAUCUGAGUCUUUUUAAUAGUGAUAGCGAAGCUCUGACAUCAGCUAUUUUUACAAAAAGUGUAAGACAAGAAAAACUAUAGAGAUCAGAAUGAAAGCAGUUCUGCAGUUGCUGAGCUAGAUCACAGCCUUGUAGGCAAAAUAAAAAUGUUCUUAUCAAAGUAUUCUUUUUUUGCCGUCUUCUCCCAAGGCCAGACUUUCUGGUGCAGCAAAGUUGAAAGUGACAUAAUUCUGGGGCCUUUGUAAUCUGAAGGAAAUAUCUCCACUUGGCAGCAAGGAUGUGGGAACUAGUUGACAUGAGUCUUUUCGUCUAAAGAAUAUGAAAAGAUGUACAAAACUGAAUUUUUCAUGUAACUCAAAAUGAUACAGUAAAAUACUAAAUAGUCAAAACCAGAAGAACCUCUGGCUGCAUUAUGAGACCAGUUCCCCUUUAGAGGAUUUGUCUGAAAACAGGUUUGCUUGAGUAUUCCCAACUGUGCUUAAAAUUGACACCUUUAAAUAAGAUAUUUCUGUGGAGUUCCUACCCCUUUAUGCAAAAAGCUUAGAGGAACUACCUGUUUAGCAAGUGCCCUAAAAAUAUUUUUGUGCUGAUGCCCUUGAAGGUAGCCUUAUGCUUCUGAAGAUUCGUGUUUUCCCUAUCAGUGCUGUGAGAGGAGUGAGUGGUGUUCUUAGGGUGACCAACUGUUUUACUUUACUUGGGACUGAGGGGUUCCCUGGGUGCAGGACUUUUCACUGCUAAACCCAAGGAAGUCCCAGGUACACCAGGAAGAGUUGAUCACCCUAGGCGUUCUUGUGUUUUACCCUCAUUCCCUUACAUUGUAGUAGUUGCGAUUAAAUUCAGCUGCCGUGUGAUUGUCAGCAUUUCUGAUACUGGGAUAUGUGUCCUUCAAUCAUGUCCAAUACUGUGUGGAUUUUUAACAAACAGUAGCCAAAGGCACCAAAAUGGUGGUGAGACUGACAUUUAGAGAUCCAGGGAUGGAAACUGGAGGUUUAAUGGAACAGAGAAGAAGGCAGCUAGACGGCUAAGUACUUUAGAGCCUGUGUGUAUAUGUGUAUGUAACUACAAAUCAUAUGUCCUUACAGGGUUAAAUAUAAUCUGAAAUUUAAAUCUUUCACAGUAAAAGACAGCUUGAGUGGUUUCUGGAUUUCUUCUCUCUCAAGGGAAAAUAGUACCUGUGAUGCUGUAGCCUCUACUACAUUUCCCAGACUAUCUUGUUCAAGAAGCCAAAAUGUGGUAUUCUACUUCUUUUCAAUGAAUGUUGUAUUGAAAGUACGAAAUACAUCUUCCAAUAGCAGGUGAAGGAAUUGAAUGUCCUGAGGAGGACUGAGUGGUUGCGCUCAGUUUUUAUAGCGUCAUACCCCUGAGGUGCUUACCAGCUAGAACACCGACCAUGUGAGGUGAGAGUUCUCUAGCAUGGCAGUGAUUUUAUAAUGCAAUAUGGUGGGUGCGGCGUCUGUCGCGUUUUUCCUCUGGUAUUUCUCCGUGACUCCGUUCUCUGUGCACUGUGAUGUAGAUGUGUUCUUUGUAAGCUUUAAUACUACAAUUGUCAACAGUACCAUGUGGUUCAGGUUUUUUUUUCUUUUUUCUUUUUGUUUUUUUAAUUAAACCAAGAGCUGAGGCUUUAUUGCAGCUGGUUUUCAACUUAAAAUAUUGUGAAAUACCGAUUUCCUUCUCCCCCACCCACACCAAAUAUUUCAGUCUAUUUAAAGUACAAAAGAAAAUAGUUCUGCUUAAGAAAACAUUGUUUAAAUGUCCUGUGAUUUCUGGUCAAUUUUUAUAUAUAUUUGUGUGUGUCUGUACGUGCGUUCACUUUUUAUCUUGUUUGCUCUCUACCUGUGUUAACAGUACUUUCACCAUUGGAAGGUGAACUUUUUUCCUAGCAUUAAAGAAAUGCCAUUUGAGUUGUUUACCAUGUUAUUAUGGGACUAGUUUUUGUUUUAAUUGAUUUGAACUGAUCUUUUUUUAGAAGGGAAUAUAUUUUGGUGUCCACGCCCUGGAUUAUAUAGAAACCAAAAAUAUAUUUGUCAUGUAUAUUUCGCAUAGAGAAGUAUAUCAAGAGCACAUCUUUUUAUAUUUUUAAUUUAGUGUUACAGAAAAAGUUUAUCCCCUCCCCCCAGCAGGCAAAUAUGCACUGCUUAAUAUACUCCCUGACACACACAUCCCACAAGUACUAGUGAGUUAUGCAUUUUAGUCAAUUUCAGCGCUUAUCUAUGCAAAAUCAGUGAUCUAGUACAUAAGAUAUAUACUGUAUGCAAAAGCAAACUAGAAGGUGAAAUUCAUGUUUACUCUCAAAAUGGAAAUACACUCUUAGCAAAAACAAAUACUGUUUUAAAAAAAGGCUUCAUUGGAAAACACUAGGUAAGACAUAGUCUACUCAUAAUUAGUUAUAUCACCAACAUGAAAUAAUUGGAAAACUUGAGAAACUUUGUAGAUCAGCCAAAUGUGGAUGAAUUGGUAUUUUCUUUGUUGGUAAGACUGCUUUCUUCGAACUCUUAGACAUAGUGUAGGAUGCACAUGAGGGACCUCAAAGGCUGAAAUACUCUACCCUACUUGGCAAUGAAUAGUCCAGGGCCUAGUGUGGUUUCAUCAAUGAUAGUUUUUAUUGGGGAAAAACCAAUUUAAGCAAAUCCUACUUAAAUUGCUACACCAUACAAUUAUAUAAACAACAUAAAGGAACAUCCCAACAUUGCACUACAGUAUCACUUCAGUUGACAGAUGAUUAGCGGAAAUCCUUGAUUGUCAUCUCACUCUGGGAGCACUUCUGCCAAUGAGCAUGCUGUAGUGACACUGGUUAUCUGCACCAGGAGCUUUUUGUAACAAGCCUAGUAUCCUUAAUUCCACAUGUUCACAAGUGGAUGAAAAGUAGAAGAGAUACAGUAUAUGGCAGAUGUUUGGGUUUUCUGCCCAUUUGGAAUACCCAUUUUUUCUCCUUUGCUUCCAAAUAGAUUGAAACCUCCUUAGAAAGCAGGCAUGUUGGUAUCAAACUCUGAUUGUCUCCCAGGGCAGUCUUAAGCACCAGGUCCUAGAGUGAAGGUCAGUCAGUACAUUAGCUACUCAAGAACAUAUUUACACUGUGCAGUUGUCAAGCUUCCUUCUUAAUGGACAUCAAAAUAUACAAGAAGAGCCCAACCGAAAAAUCAGAAGUUCACAAACACAGGAAUCCAAAAGAAACAGUCAUUGGCAUACUUAACAAGAACUGUCUUUGGUUACUACUACAUUGAAUAGGUACGUAAACAUUUGUAGAAUCAGUUUAACUGAUGAUGAUGUAAAAAAAAAAAA